AUGAGUGAUGUCGAGGCUGUCUCCCUCCCCACUGCCCUAGAUGUCGGACCAAAUAACACUCUCGCGGCGGUGAAGACGGAUGGCGAUGCAGCAGACACGCGCCCAUCGGGACGGCCUUUGUCUCCCGACCGCAAGGACAAGGCUGCAACCCCGGUUCCUGCCCCUACCGCAGCCCCAGCUGCAGACUCUGCUUCUGUACCGGUAGCUGCAUCGAAAUCGGCUCCCUCUGCUGCACCCGCUUCACCCCGACGAGAGCGCGCUGGAUCGCAUCCGGUGGACGAGGAGGAGAAUGAGCAAGGCCCGCCUAGUCCCAAGGCGGACUCAGAGGCGGAAACAAUUAUUCAAUCCGGUCGAGAAUCCCUGUCGCCAGAGAAGAAAAGGAAACACAUUAGACAUGAUCCGAAUCGUCCGGGCGUUGAUGGAGUGGACGGCGCUCAACGGAAGAAACCUCGCAUCGAUCGUGAUGGCGAGGAUCGCGCUUCGCGGGCGCGGAGCCCGCUGGACAGAGCUGACUCGCCCCCAUCGGUUGUGAAAGUUGAGAAGGUGGAUGAAGGGCCAUCGGUUUCUGAGGACGUGAUGGACGAGAGGGUUGGUCGUAAUGAUGGCCCCGAGAGAUCGCGCAACUAUCGAAAGCGCAGUUUCAGCGACAGUGUGGAUGAAAAGAGGGAACGCCGUCGCGAUUCGACUGCUCACGCUACUCGCGAUCUCAAAAACAUCAAUCACGCUCGCCUUUCCCGUCCCUCCGCCAGUACUCGCUCGGUGUCUCCCGGUCGCCCCUCUCACCAACGCUCUGCGUCCGGCUCGCAACUACCCUCUAAGAAGAAGGUUCCUACGCCUCUCUUGACUGGGUUCCAGCGGCAAACCUCUGAGGACCGACAGUCCACCUCUUCAUCCGCCAGUGGGUCACCGCUUCCCAGUGCCCACCUACGGAAGCUCGGGUCUGGAGUGGGAGCGUUUGCGUCGCCUGCGAAGCACAUAGGCCCUAAGAAACUGCGCGACAAGAGCGGUCGCACUCCUCUCGCGCGCGCAUGCGCAGACAGGAAAUACGAACAUGUGGUUUUGCGUUAUGGCGAACGUCCGGAAGAUUUGAAUGUCCCCGAUAACGCCGGUAAUACCCCUUUGCAGGUCGCGUCGCUCAACGGGGAGGAACAGAUUGUCAAGUUCCUCCUGGACGCGGGCUGUGAGAUCAACACGAAGAACAUUGACAAGGACACACCUUUGAUUGAUGCAGUGGAGAAUGGGAAUGUAGAGGUCGUGAAACUGCUGCUUGAGGCAGGUGCUAAUCCUCGAACCGUGAAUGCCUCUGGAGAUGAACCAUACGAGUUAGUACCGACGGACCUCAAGGAUGAUGAGUAUGAUGAGAUUCGAAAGUUGCUCGCGGAUGCCAAGGCGAAUUGCCGUCCCGGCCGACGAUCCGAAGAGCAGCAAGCUGGACCUGACAAGCCGCCACGGUCCCGACGAGCGUCUGUGGCCAGUCCUUCUCGAAGUCCACCACCAAUGUCGAGCACAACUGGUCGUCGCAAGACUGGUCGAAGCGAAGCAACCCGCAACGACUUGUUGUGGACACAACCGACCUCCGAGAACUUGCGCGAGUUUGCCGCCAAGGGUGACGAGCAGGGCGUGGUCAGCAUCCUGAAUAUCUUGCAAAAGGCUGACAAUGCGUCCCUGAUUGCCGCUGCCAAGGGAGGCCACUUUGAUGUGUUGUCUCUCAUGUACGCCAUCGGCGACGCAGAUGCGGAUCCAAACCCACUGCGCGGGUCUGGCCAUAAACCAGGUUAUAACACUCCCAUGCUUGCCGCCAUUGGUCGAGGCAACAUGGACAACAUUCAACUCAUUCUGGGUCAGCCCGGCUUCGACCCGACACGCCGACUGUUCGAAGAUAAGACUUACUAUGAACUCUCCCGAUCCCGCCAAGGCGAGAAUUGGGAGGAAGAAUAUGAUAUCCUGAAGAAGGCAUAUGAGAACUACGCGGGCUCAGGAAAGGGACGCAAGGAUCUCUCGUCCCCGCGCCGUGCCCGCGGCAAGGACAAGGAAGAAAAACGAAGCGCCCGCCGAGAGUCUUCCUCGCCUGUGGCUCGCACGAAAAAGCUCAACGACAGCAGUCCCAAUGCCAACCGUCAAAGGUUCCCCAAGGAUCAUGACGCUCUGAAGGAGAAGCGCCGCGAAGAGAAGAAGGCCGCAGCCGCGGCGGCUGGCGGUCGCUCAAAGACUACUUCGCGGGAGACACGAGAUACACGAGAUGCGCAUGACAAUGCUCUUGCCAGCUCUGAUCAUGAUUCAGCACGACCAGAGCCCAAGAAGCCCAAGGCUGCCCCCUCAGCACGGAGAGGCAGUGAAUCCAGCGGAGUUGCUCGAGCAGAUGAAGUUCGAAAGAGACGUCUGAUUGCUGGGCGUCGCCCUCUGGAUGGCGAUCGACGACCCAGCCUUAUGUCUUCCGAUUCUUUGUCCGGGCGCGAAGAAGCUCCCAGGUCCCGCGACACCGCUCCCGAUUCCACAUCCUCUCUCAAGCGCAUCCGAAAUGAUACUUCUCCCGAAAGAUCUCGCUCACGGGACGGGGAUAGUGAUCGACUGUCGCCAGAAGCUCGGAAGAAGAAGCGACGUGUGCUGGCAGAAGAGAAAGCAUCAAACCUGCCGAAUGGGCCUCCGCGGAAAGCAGAAGACACCAAUGGAGACAAACUUCAACAACGUCGGCCGAAAGAGGAAGCCUCACAAGGCACCGAUCCUGCGUCACGCAAAUCAACUGAGACCUCAAAGAAACCCGACCCCUCAUCUCACAAGUCGGAUUCCUCUUCUCAACCUACCUCUUCCCAGAAGUCAACCGAUUCCGAUCCACCCAAGAAGAACGGCGACGUGAAGACCGAGCCCCCCGAGCCUACGCCCAACUCCAUUCCCGAGGUCUCAAGUGACGAUAAGCGAGCUGAAAUUGAGGCAGAGAAGCGUCGACAAGCCGAAGUGAAGAAAGCGGAAGAGGAACGUGUUGCUGAGGAGAAGCGCCGCGAGGAAGAAGCUAAGCGUGCUCGUCUGGCCAAGGAAGAAGCUGAGCGUGCGCGUCUGGCCAAGGAAGAAGCUGAGCGUGCGCGUCUGGCCAAGGAAGAAGCUGAGCGUGCGCGUCUGGCCAAGGAAGAAGCGGAACGUGCUGCACGUGAGAAGGCUGAAGAAGACGAACGCAAGCGCAAAGAAAUGGAGCAGCGCCGGGCUAAGCAAGCUGAAGAUGAGCGCCAGAAGCGAUUGGAACAGGAGCGGGCUCGCGUGAUCAAAAUGCGCCGUGAGCAGGAGGCUCAGGAGCAACGCCGUCGUGAUGCCCUGCCUGGUCGCUUGCGUGCCUCUGCCAACUUUGUGGGUUCCAAUGAUCCCCGCGCGCGAAGUCACUCCUGGCUCAAGAACUUCAUGCCCUUGGUCACUGUUCUUACCCGCCAACUUGACGCUGUCUGUGCUAGUGAUGUGGCGGACGAGAAAUGGAUUCCGAACUACUUGGUCGCUCCCUUGCUGGCUACCAAUGACCUGCAGCUCUCUCAAUAUGCCAGCUGGGAGAAACGCAAAGCAACCGCAACCCAACGCAUGAACCUUUGGCGAUGCACACGCCGGAUGUUGGUCUACACGGACGACCCCAAGUACCAUAAUGCAUCCUUUGGAGAGGUCAUGCAGCUGGAUUGCGAGACUCGACCCAAGUAUUUCGAGAUGGAACAUGUCUUCUGGAUCAGACUCUCUGACUUCAUGGACCUCGUCCCACACAUCCCCCAUCUCAACGGCCUCGAGCUUGAGUUUGUGAGCAUGCACCUCGACCCGGAGCCCUCCGCAGGCACCUCCCACCAGACGAAUGGUUUUGUGCCCAGUACCUUUGCCACGGGCACGAACGGCAUCGGGGCUCUCAAUGGCCAUGGCCCUGGCUACCCUCGACCCGGUACAUACUUCUAA